AUGGAGGAGACAAUGCCGGAAAGUCUGAACAUCCACCCGCUUCGGGAAAUAAAAAUCCAGACUGAAUUGGACCACGAACUCGCUGUUCUGCGAGGCGCGCAGAUCAACGGUUGGCGUAUUAUUCGUUCUGUCCAGAUCCCUGCUGGACGCUGCGAAGAGACGCUGUUGCCAUCUCUGCUUAAGGCCGGCUUGGUGCAUUCCGGGGACUACUCUAGGCCUGCUCAUUCCGACAACAUCAUCACUGCUGUGCAGACCCAUGACAUCUUGAUUUACGUCGGGAUCAUAGUGGUGUUCUAUGCGCUUGUCGUCCUGGUCGUCCUCGGUGCGCGGUGCCGCCGCAGCGGACAACCUCGUUUCCUGUCGGAUCCGGUCGACGAAGACGAUGAAGAGAUUGAAGAUCCGCGACAUCUAGUAGUUUACGAUCCAGACCGCGACAUCGCGAUUCAGGCUUCAAGCCACGAUACCACCCACGCCCAGCACUACAGCGGAAAACCUGUCUGAACUCGUGCAGCUUAUUGACCCAUCUCUGCUGGAUUUGUAUGCGUCUUGUUCUUGUCUGAACUCAAAUGAGAAACUUGCAGUAUUCUGGAUCCGUUGCCACGCUUGUAUAGGCUUCUCGGAAGUUUUUGACGAUUGAAAUUCGAGCUGACGUGUGCACCCUUAAAACCAAAGAAAACGAAGUUCUCGCAGGUUGACCACGAAUCCCGCCCCGGUUGAUCCAAGCAGACAAAACUUGGAUUCUGCUCUUUACUUUGAUUCACGCCACGAGCUGCGCGAGCGGCGGAAAAUCUAAAACUUUUUCGAGAGGGUUGUGCUUGCAAGACAUACUUAACGUUUGUAGAUUACUCAUAGUUUUGACAUGCGAACUGACACUAGUGCUUCGUGUUUGACUUGAAUAUGCGUCGCCGUGGCGUUGAAUAAUUGGUAUUAUAUAUGAUUGUCAUUCUUUUUCUUCAGAUGUCACAUCCCUACAAUCCGGUGAAAAUAUACGACUUCGGUUUGAAAUA